AUGACAAACCCAAGCUCCGUCCGUCGCAAUCUUUUCCACGGCAAUCUCAGCCGUCGACCAGCCUCGGCAGGACCCCCCAAUGGCGUGGUUCCCAAUGGCGUGGUUCCCAAUACCAGCGUCUCCAAUCGCCCGACCCGACUCAAGCCUACCUCGUCCGACUCGGGGCCUCAAAUACGGGCCCUCAAGGCGGAAAACAAGGAUAUCGUGGUCCGAGAUAAGAAUGGAAGUUACAAAUUAGAGGUUCCCAUACUCCCGCCGGCAUUAGUGGGGGAGGAUGGCGAGGAACUCGAGCAGGAAGAGAACGCCGACCCUCCCGCGCUGACAGGGCCGGAGAAAGAGAAAUUCGAGCAGGAUCUAUUGGAUAUGAUCAUCCGGCACCGGAAUGGACACCCCGAUGUCGAGCCCGAGGAGAUCCUCCACGCCAUGCACGACAGUCUACGUGAGAAAGCGGCCUCGCUAGACGAGGAUAAUUGGAUGUUUGAGCCAGAGAGAGACUCAUUUGCAAAUUAA